CAAAAAAGAAAAGGUUACAUAAAACUUAAAUUCACAAAAAGAGAGAAGAGAGAAAGGGAGCUCUUGAUGGCAUCAUUCAUCAUCAUCAAAGAAGCAUGUUAUCUUCUUGCUUUCCAUGGCCAUUGCCACCAUUGCCAUGCUCAAUGGAGCUCUUGCCAAAGAGAUACACUGUGGGUGAUGAUAAAGGUUGGAGACUUGAAGUAAAUUACACUGAUUGGGUUCAUGGGAAAGAAUUCUUUGUUGGAGAUACUCUUGUAUUCAAGUAUAACGCACAGUACCACAAUGUGAUUAACGUGACUGAAGCAGAGUAUAAAGCAUGCAGUCCAUCUCAGAAUGAAACUCGUCUCACAACUGGUAAUGAUGUUAUCAAAUUGGUUAGCACUGGAAAUUACUGGUUUCUUUGUGGUUUCCCUACCCAUUGCACUCAGGGACAAAAGCUCACUGUUCUUGUUCAAGCUCAAACUCAAGCUCCGGCUCCGGAGGCGGCGACGACGCCACCGCCGGAGGCCUCCAUGGCUAAACUUCCGGCCACCCUAAUUGGUGGCAGUGGUAUCACAUUCUCAGCAGUAGUUUUUGGAAUUGCAGCUAUUGGACUCUUUCUUUGAUUAGAGAGAUUAUUCCAUGGAGUUUAUUUAUUAUAAUUGGGGGAUUUUAAUUUAAUGUUUUUGAAUAAUGAUGAUAAUAAAGUUUUAGUUGUUUGAUUC